AUGCCAGUUCUGUGUGUUUCCUUCUGUGCGGUGCUGAUGAUGUCCUGGACUGUGGCCCGUGUGGCACCCCAGCAGGUCAUAGAGAGGGACAGCUUGCAUGGACUCCAGAUGCAGGUCGCAGCCACAGAGACGGGAGGCAAGACAAAGUCCAAACGUAUGACGAAUUACAGACGGGGGGAGGUUGCGGACGAUAUAUUUGCAGUGUUGCAUGAAGGUUGGGGGAAAGAGCGUGAACUAACAAACAAAGAUUUGACCCGCUUUGGAGUCUGCAUAAACUCUGAUGGUCCACGGGGGACAGUCUUAACAGAGCUUGUCAAUGCAGCAAACCGAGAACACGGGAAUGAACUGGAUGUUUUGUACCCAACCAAAGAGUUGCUGGAAGAGGAAGAAGACGGAGGAAGGCUUGUCUUGACCCUCACCCUCCCACAGUCUCCCCUGCUGAGGCUCAAGCCCAUCCUGCUCUUGUCAUUUAGAAGCGCCCCUGCAGCAGCAGGUGACCUGGCCAUCACUUUCACCAGUCAGUCUCUGAACCCAAACGCACAGACGGUCUGCAUUUCAGAACAAACACGAUACGUCGCAUUGACAGGGAAGGCAUCAGCAGACAAUGCUCAUCAGAGCUGGAAGCUGUUUGUGGAGAAAAAAGACCCCAACACAGGGCAAAUACUGCAAGAGAUCCUGGGCAGGGGAGGACCAGGGAGUAACAUCACUAUGACUCCAUUUCUUCUUUUCAUGUUAGACCUGGAGAGCGAUGUCAGAAAUACACAAGCCACAUGUUCCUUCUUGGGACCCUCAGACACCAUCUCCUUCCUUUGUGAGCUUCAGAAGUUCCUGAGCGAAGUCCGGCCCCAGAGUCACCCAGGGUUUGCUCCAGUACAACUGGGCUCCUUACAGUCUCUCCCCUCCCUUGCUCUGGGCUUGUCCUCCAGCGAGACCCUCCUGGCGGAGCUGCUAAACUCCUCGGCCCCCACACUCUUCUUCUUUCCCCCAAAAGGCCCUGUGCUUCAGGUACACAGUGGGGAGUUGGCACUGCCCCCCGUGCUGGUGGAGGUGCUCCGACAGAGGUUAGAGCAGGCCAUGGAGCAGCUGGCAGAUGCCAUGUUGGAGGUGGAGGUGGCGCCGGUGGCCAUUGAAAGGCUGGGGAGGCUCAAAGCGCUCAGUGCAUUUCCCAAAGACAAACCAGUAACAGGGCAGAUCCAAUACCGCGCUUUUCUGCUGAUGAAGGCUCUGCAAACAGUGACACGUAUUUAUGAGGCCGAGAGAGUUCAGCGGGCCACCAGGGCAGAUCAGAACGGCACGGCGAAGCACAACCUCUGUCAGCUGCAUAGCCUCUCCGUGCCCAUGAAAAAUUACCUCAUGGCCCCCACCAUCGCCAACAUCAACAACUGCUGGGGAAUUUGUGGUACCCUCGUAACCAUUGAGAACAGCCAUGCCUUCAUUCUAAGCAAACUCAAGACCGGCCCGGCGGCGGAGCGUUCGCUGUGCUGUGUGCCCAUCGCCUAUGAAGACCUGCAAGUCGUGGAGGUGAGGAGUUCGAGUGAGACUUAUUUGAAAAUUCAAAUCAAUAUGGUGGCCAAGGAGUGUCAAUGUCGCUAGGGCUAUUUCCCUUUUGUGUUUUAUGCCUUAGAACGUAGCUGGGAAAAAGACACAAAUGCAUACAGUAUUGAUACCCAGGUAAAAAAAAAUAAACAACAUGAUUUAAUUCAGAGGCCUGAAUAUUCUGCUUGUAGAUAAAUAUAUUCCAUGUAUAUGUGCCCAGCGCAAUGUUUUGGUCACUAUUUUAUACAUAGUUCAUAGUAAAGUUCAUAAAGAGUAGUGGCUGUUCUGAGAUUCCUGUUCUGAGAUACUUUUCACAGUUUUGGUUCAUGGUUAUGUGUCAUGUCUGCUUUGUAAUAAUUUCGAACACUGGUAAUAUUACUUUGUUUAGUUUGGUGAUUAACUUUAUGUGGCUGCUCAUUUUUCGACUAAAUGACUUCCAAGAGAGGGGAAAGGCAACUAAAGCCAACGUGUUACCAAAGUGAAACUCUUGACUUUGACUGUAUUGGAUUCUACAUGUUGUGUUUGUGUCAUGUGUUUUCUUACAAAGUACUUUUCACAACAUCUUGUACUAAUGAGCAGAACAGGUGACUGCUGACUGUAAGACCAUACUCCAAUCUGGUAAUGAGCGAUUUUACAAACCGAAUCGUAAUUGUAACUGUGAUCUUCAGUUCGGUUCGGUGAUUUAUAAUGUAUUAUUCUAAGACUUGUGUGUUAGCACAUAUCGUACGAGACCAAGAACUUAUGUUUAUACAAACUGUCCUCACUCUCUGCUGUACAAAGGAUAAAAUUGAC